GCUACCUAUUUCCUAAAAAUAUACUUUUCAUUUACCGCCUUUAAUCAGUAGAGCGACAGCGCCGAGAGUAAUUUGGUUAUACGCAUUACGAAUGGCCUCUUUCUCGGAUCGGGAAUAAAUACGCGACAAUGGGUACUGCGUCCCCGAGAUCAUCGCACGACUCGCUAUCCUCCGUCUCCACCACGAGUCUGGUAUUCGAACGGCUGAGCGAAAGAGAGAAGCUCAAUGGCGAACUUGCCGGCUUGGAAGAUGAAGACCCGCUACGCCACGACUCCGAUGAUGAAGAGGAUUCCUUCCUACCGCUGCCUCCGAAGAGGGUCAUCGGGGUCGAUAAGGGCUUCAAGAGAUUUAUGCUAGUUUUGGUGGGAAUAUUUCUUUCUGCUUGGGUGGUUGGCCUGUUUACAUACCUAUCUACGAAAUCAUAUCAGCAUUCGUCACAGAAGGAGCAUGAUCCGACGGCCACGGCAACUCGCGGAUCUGGAAAGAAAGUUACGUUGGAUCAGGUGAUGGAGGGGUACUGGCGACCCCAGAGCCAUAGUAUAAGCUGGAUUGCGGGCGCAAAUGGGGAAGAUGGAUUGCUUUUAGAAAAAGGCGCUGCUGGCAAGGACUAUCUCGUGGUCGAGGACGUUCGAAGUCAGAAUGAAGAACAUACUGCAAAUGGUGGAAAGAUUACGUCUGCGCAAACGCUUAUGAAGGAACGAAUUGUCGACGCUAGCGGCCGUAAACUGUACCCAGAUCGGGUCUGGCCAAGUCCCGAUCUGAAGAAGGUGCUCAUCGCUACCGACACGAGAGAUGUUUGGAGACAUUCCUUCACCGGAGUAUACUGGAUCUUCGACGUGGAUACCCAAAAGGCAGAGCCCCUGAACCCCAAAGACCCUGGGCUACGGGUACAGCUUGCCCAGUGGAGUCCAAAGAGCAAUGCAGUCACCUAUACGAGUGCCAACAACCUUUACGUACGUAAAUUGGGAGGCGACAAUGUUACACAAAUUACCAAAGAUGGCGGACCGGAGUAUUUCUAUGGUAUCCCGGAUUGGGUGUAUGAAGAAGAGGUCUUUGGAGAGAACAGCGCAACUUGGUGGUCUGAGAAUGGAGAUUUCGUGGCAUUCUUAAGGACAAACGAGACCCUUGUGCCCGAGUACCCGGUUCAAUUCUUCAUCGACAGGCCGAGCGGCAAAACCCCUCCUGCCGGAAAGGAGAGCUACCCAGAGGUGCAACAGCUUAAAUACCCCAAGGCAGGCGCGCCGAAUCCUUUUGUCGACCUUCUGUUUUACGACAUGGCUCGAGGCGAUAUGUUUUCAGUCGAGAUUAAGGGAGGAUUUGCGGCUGAUGAUCUUUUGAUAACUGAUAUUACGUGGGCUGGUAAUAAGGUGCUCGUUAAGGAGACGAACCGCGUUAGCGACAUCAUGCGUGUUAUCUUGAUAGAUGUUACUGCUCGAACAGGCAAGACAGUUAGAACAGUCGAUGUGGGAAAGAUUGAUGGUGGCUGGUUCGAGAUUUCUCAUGAUACCACCUAUAUCCCCGCCGACCCCGCGAACGGCAGACCUGAAGAUGGUUAUAUCGAUACCGUCAUUCAUGACAAUGGGGACCACAUGGCCUACUUCAGUCCUUUGGACACUGACACGCCCGUUAUGCUGACUUCAGGCAAAUGGGAAGUUGUUGCAGCUCCUUCUGCUGUUGACUUGAAGAAUAACGUCGCAUACUUUGUCGCUACGAAAGAGUCUUCCAUUCAGCGACAUAUAUACAGCGUGAAGUUUGACGGGUCGCAUUUGAAAGAAUUAACCGAUAUUAGUAAGGAGGCUUAUUAUGAAGUUUCGUUUUCUGCCAAAGCUGGAUAUGCCCUCCUAACCAACAGGGGACCAAACGUGCCGACGCAAAAGGUCAUCAGCACACCGAGCAACCCGGAGGUUUAUGAACACGUUAUCGAGGAGAAUAAGGACCUGGCAGAUAAAGCGAAGAAACACGAACUGCCGCUCUUGGACUAUGGCACGAUAACCGUCGAUGACGUCGAGUUGAACUACGUCGAGCGCCGGCCGCCCCACUUCGAUCCUAAGAAGCAGUACCCCGUGCUCUUCCAUCAGUACUCCGGUCCGGGCUCACAGACAGUAGACAAGCAGUUCAGCGUCAACUUCCAGACCUACGUGGCCUCCAACUUAGGAUACAUCGUAGUCACAGUCGAUGGGCGCGGUACCGGAUUCAUCGGUCGCAAGGCGCGCGUCGUCGUACGCAAGAACCUAGGCCAUUACGAAGCCCACGACCAAAUCGCCGCGGCCAAGAUCUGGGCCGCAAAACCAUAUGUGGAUGAGGCGCGUGUCGCAAUCUGGGGUUGGUCGUACGGUGGAUUCCAGACACUGAAGACGCUAGAGCAAGAUGGGGGACAGACUUUCAAGUACGGGAUGGCAGUCGCACCCGUUACGGAUUGGCGGUUCUACGACAGCAUCUACACGGAGCGAUAUAUGCUUACACCACAACUCAACGCUGACGGGUACGAUGGCACGGCCGUGAGCAAUGUCACUGCGCUAGGCCAGAACGUGCGGUUUUUAGUCAUGCAUGGCGUGGCGGAUGAUAAUGUGCACAUGCAGAAUACGCUCACGCUGUUGGAUAAGCUGGACGUGGCCGGCGUGGAGAAUUACGAUUUGCAUAUGUUCCCGGAUUCGAAUCAUGGGAUUUACUUCCAUAAUGCGAAUCGCAUCGUUUAUGAUAAAUUGACUAAUUGGCUUGUCAACGCCUUCAAUGGCGAGUGGCUGAAGGUCGCGAGCGCGAAACCCGCGCCGAAUAAGGCGAAGAGAGAUAUGGAGAUGGUGAGGAGAGCGGGACCUGAAACCGAUGUUUCUGUGUUAGAACGCGAGGUUCGGGGUAGUUCAUGAUAGAAUGUAGAAAGACUGCAUGCAUGGCACAUGGCGUAUAGGUGUUGAUCUUUGUAAUCUGUACAUUUGUCUCUCCUGCUAUCUGACUUAUUCAAGUAACGUAUAUAGUAGAACUUGAUGUAUGGUAUCCAUAGAUUUGAAGCUUGUCGAGCU